AUGACCCAAACUUCGGACUCGCGGAAAAAGAUCGAGCAGGAGGAGACGGUGAUUCGGCAAGUUGGGGUUUUGUUUGAGCAAGUGCUCAGCCGGCCGCCGCCGAACAACGUCGUCGAGCUCUGGAAGGAGCACUUGGCGAUCCGCGAGAAGCUGGACAAAAUCGCCGAGUUGCAGUCGCAGCUCAGUGAUACGAAUGUCCUCCUUUCUAAGCCUCGGUUGGAUAAAUCUUCAUUUCGACUUGUAUUUUCGAAGUUUCAGAAGCCCGGAAAGCAUUGAGAAACUUUUGAAAUGGGCUGAUCAUAUGGGAAUUGUUAGGAAAAACGUCGAAAUCAAAGAAAGCGACGAUUUUGGACUCGAACUGAGGGCGUCAGCGUGGGUUUUUCUUUGAAAUUUUACUGUGGGAAACGAUUUUUUCAUUUGAGGUGUUAACUUGUUUUUUCGUAGUCAUUCCCGUUUUCCAAGAAAAUGAGCAGAUCUCAAAGCCACGAGAGUUUUUUGAAACUUGUUUUCAUUUUUUUUUUCUAGACGUUAAGGUAGAUACAUAAUGAAUAUUCAAAAUAAGUGGGAAAAUAAAGUUUUUUCUUUUUUGUAACUCCUGAAAAAUUAAGCUAGAAGCGUCUCACGAAGAAAGCUUACUAAUAAAAAAUCCAUAAUUUUAUCAAAUUCUUGUUAAUUUCUUUAAAAAAAGCUUCAAUUUCUGGCAUAUGUUUUACUUUAGUGAUAAAAUAAAAAGUAAAAUUUGCGACCCAAUAUUUCACUCCCUCACUGAAUAGCAAUAAAAUUGAAGGAAAUUUCCAGAGAAAUCAAAAAAGACGACGCGGUCAUCCAAGUUCCUCGAAACGCGAUCCUCAGUUUGGACUUGGCCCGAAAAACCGCCAUGUUGAAGUGAAAAGAAUCAAAGUUUCAACCAGUAAAGAUUGUUCAAGGAAAGCCUUCGAAAAAGACCCGAUAGUUCGAGGAAUGGGCAAUGUCGGGCUGGCCCUUUUCCUCUGCGGGCAGUUCUUGAACGGCGAAAACUCCAAAUGGUCAACAUACAUUUCUGUUUUACCUACCACUCUUACUACUCCUCUGUUCUACGAUCGCGAUCAGUUAUUGGUAAUUUUUGAUUUGCUCUGUAAAAAUCAUUUUUUUCGGACACCUUGAUAUUAAAAAAAGAAAAAAAAUAUAAUCGGAUAUUUGAUUCAAAUUUCGAUCAAGUUCCUGACUCAAAAAAAAUUUUUAAUUUAGGAACGAGGGUAAUAUUGCUAUUGCAAUAGCAAACCAAAAAAUGCGAGAAGAUAUUUUAAUUUUCUGAGAUGUGAUCUUAUACCUCUACAAAAAUUGAAAAAAAAAUUUUUUAUCAAUUCCGUCAAGUAUGUCAAAAUUGAGAAAAUUUUUUUUUAUUAAUUGUGCUUUUUUUUUCAAAAUUUACAAGUCCGCUUUUUUUCGUAUGUAUCUUGGUUUUUUUUUUACAGUACUCUGCCAUUAAUUUUAUUGUCAAGUUGGUUCUCAGGCUGAACAGUAGGUUUAGGUUUUAAACUGUGUUUUUUUCUUAAAGAAAAACUUUUUUUUCAUUUUUUGUGAUUUUUAUAUUAAAAUAUUGAAAAAUUUAUUUUAUUUUUUCCAGCAACUGAAGCCUUCACCACUUUUCGAAGAAGCUCUCAUGUUCUACAGAACCAUUACGCGACAAUUUUCCUACUUUCUAGUGUCAGUCGCCAAAAAUCGGGUCUUCGAAAACGUGAGAAAGGUAAGACAUUUUUGGAUUUUUAAGGUUCAAGAAUUUUUUCAGACGAAAACGGAACACGCGAACAUGGACCCACCGGUUCUGUACAAUACUCCAUUCACAGUCUCCAACUUCACCCUCAAUCUUUACUUGUUAGUUUACUGUUUCUACCUGGGUUUGUUUGAAAAGUGAAGGAGAAGCAAUUUAAUCCGCAUAUUUUGAAUAUUCAAGUCUGUCGAUCAAAAAUUGUUUCGCGACGCUCUGAGCGAGGAAAAAAGUUGAUUAUGGUGGAUCUAGAAAUAUUCGAAAGAUAAAAAUCAUGUAAUUAACUUUAUUUAAGCUACUACCGUUUAGAAAAAUCAAAAAACAGCAGUUUCUCUAGUCUUUUGUGAAACUUUUCAGAGUUUUUUGAAGUCAAUAGUGCUCUUUAAGUAUAAUUUUUGUUUUUUAUUUGUUUUUUAAAAUACACUUAGCUAAGUCUUAGCAUUUCUUUAUCAACUUUUCUCUAAUGAUAAUAGUUUUUACUUCAAAAUCUCGAGUUUCGCAAGUCUCUUCCUUUGCAAUCCUGCUUUGAGCCAUUCCAAGUGCGACCAUAAUGCUUUAAAUUUAAGAAAAUUUUAAGAAGGUCUUAAUAAAACUAUCGAACUUAACAAAUUUGAGAUGGGCUGUCGGAAUUGUGACAACUCGCGUAAAUAUGAUCCCUAGCGAGAGUGAGACGACGGAGAAGAAUGAACGGAUCAUGGUUCUAAAUGACUUUUUUAGAGUUUAAAAUGAAGUUAUUUUUUUUAGGUUCCUGCCUUGAUUCCCGUUUUCGACAUGGCCAACCAUGAUUUCGAUGCUUUGGCUUCAGACGAUGCCGUUUGUUUCUCCGUCGAAGACGAUCUUGCCAUGGUUUUGUUUUUUAUUUUAUCAUCAACUGAUUUUAUUAAAUUAGUUAAUCGAUAAGAAGUUAAGGGCACUUAUAAGGAAACUGUAUAAUACAAAAAAGGUUAAUCCAGCUGUUUCGAAAUCUCUUUUCAGGCACUUAUUGUAGAAUGAAUUUCUUUGUGUUUUUUUCAUUUUGAAAUUUAUCAUGCGGGUCUAUUUUGAAAAAAAUAAUCAAGGAUAAUCAGUGGACUGGCUCUAGUGACAUAUCCGUCCUUGUGUGUGACGCCUGGGGGUUUUUUGAAGUCAUGGUUUCCCACUACCAACAUUUCUUGAACCCCUUGGUUGGGUCGGGGCAAAAAUCGAACUUGUGACCCUGUGGACCGUAGGCAGGCACACAACCUGUUGCCCUACGGCGCACCCCGCUAAACAUCUUUUAAAAGAACAGGAACUUUCGAUUUAAAAACAUUGAGUUCAGCUGGUGAGUGCUAAAGACGUGAAGAAGGGCGACUCGGUCUCGAUGUUCUACGGUCGCCGUAGCAACGGAGAUCAUCUCCUCCAUAACGGCUUUGUUCCCAGAGGCGAGAAUCCCAGCGACUAUUACAAGUUGAAAAUCGGUAGAACCAUUUGGAGAGAUAAAAUGAGUAAUACUUGUUCAUUUGAGGGAUCCCGAAGACGGACAAGGCUCUCAACGCCAAACAGGCGCUCAUUUCGGCGUUCGCUCCGAGCAAUUGGAUGCAGUCAAAUAUCUUCCAUUUCGACUUGAUUAAUGUCCGUUUUACCGCUUCAUUGCGUCCAUAAACAGAAAAGGCGGUAAUUAGAACAGAGAAAAGGAAUUUGUUUAGUAGAGGGGUUUUUUUUUUCAAAUUUGUUCACUUUUUAAGGUGUCUUAGAAGCUAUAGUGGUCCCUAUCCACGAUUUAAAAAAAUUUGAUUGAAUAGAGAAAAAAGAACAAUCAAAAAUUCGCUGAAAAAACUCACCGUUGAUUAAAAGUUUGAAAAAUCUGAUAGCUGACCAUUUUCAGAAUCCGGAACACCCGUUCCCAGAGGAACUUGAAAAGUUCGCUCAGGUCUUCACAUUGGAUGACCCGAAUGCAAAGGUCAUCAUUAUUAUUUCGACUUCUGGAAAAUUAGAUUUUUCAGUUUGAACUAACCACUGAGCAAAGAAAAAAGGCCUUGGAGUUCCUGAAAACCCGCUUUUCUUUGUUGGAAAGUUCGUACGGGAAAGAAGAGCUCAGCGUGGAUCUGCCUGGAAUUCCCGGCGAUAUCGCGCGGCUCAAAGCCUCGGAGCGCGAAAUUCUCCGCAACUCCAGGUUUCUUUCAAUUUUCGUUGUGUUCAUGGCUUUUUCCAAUUUUCAGGAUAUACUGCGAGAAUCUCUUAAGCAAGCUGUCAUAA